CUCUUGACGCUAUUUCUCCCUCAUGUUGCUGCGUUACUGCUCCUCCCUCUUUUCUACACCUUUUGGUUAGGUUGUCUUCUCUGCGUUGAGCUUUCGAGAGCGCCGCAUCUGUCCGCCCUACCCCUCGAGGCUUUUCCUUGCGUCUUUUGUCUCACUAGGUCUCCUGUCGCGUUCCGUCACGAUUCCGACUGCGUUCGCACAUGAGGCCUCUUGUCCAUCCUGUUCUUGGAGCCUCGAAGCAGUAGGGCCAUCUCCGUUUGAAGAGAUAUUGGAACGCACCAUUGGAUCCCCGAGUCGACAUAUUCGAAGUCAUGACGACUGGAGAUGACAGCGCGCCAGCGUCGCCCGGGUAUGCGCCUGGGAACAAAUGGGACGCGUUGUUGCAAUUGGCGAAGGGAAGGAGAGGGAGGACGCUGAUCAUCUCGGCUGUGUUUGCGGUGGUGAUGUGUGGGCUGUUAUUUCAGAGUUCGGCUGAGUCUCUAUCCUACAAAAAUCUCUCCUCCCUUGACAACUACCACCUCCCCUCAUGGAAAACAAACCCAACUGAGGUUUCAGAACCAAUCGAAAUCUUUACACCGUCGAAUAUGACCCUAGAAAUCGAAAACGGGGCCAUUAAAAACGUUCCAAGCCAUUUAAAAAAGGAGACGCCGAAUUUCCACCUCCUCAUGCCAGCAACAAAAGAUAACUCUGAUUUCUGCAAGACUGUGGUAUCUGCUAUGAUUAUGGACUAUCCGGCUCCGACUAUCAUAAAUUUUGGGGAACAGUUCAAGAAUAUAACGGAGUUAGAGCGUGCGAAGGUUAAGAAUAUUCUGAAUUACUUGUCGGAUAGGAAGAAUGUGAGAGAUGAUGAUCUCGUUAUGAUUGUGGAUGGUCAAGAUGUUUAUUUUCAGCUACCUUCGGAGGUUCUUGUGAAGCAAUACCAGAAUAUACUCGCGGAAGCGAAUCGGCGAUUGAAGGACAAAUAUGGGGUUAUAUAUCCUAAGGAUGGAGCAGCAAGGGCGAUGUACAAUCAGACGGUUGUCUGGGGGGCUGAUAAGCUCUGUUGGGCCGAGCAGGGAAAUGCUACGGCGUGUCCAACGGUUCCGGAAUCACCACUACCAACAAACACGUAUGGACUCGAGACGGAUGACACUGAGCUUCUCAGUCGCGCGAAAUACCUCAAUGCUGGCACGGUAAUCGGCCCUGCAAAGGAUCUCCGGGCCAUCUUUGCCUCAACACUCCCAAAGAUGGUGGAAGUAAACGGCACCGAACCCACAGCCCAAUACAUCUUUUCCACCCUCUUCUCUGAGCAAGAAACCGCCCGCGAAGAAGCUCUCAAAGCCGCAAAAACAGUCUCCGGAGCCUGGCGCGGCUGGCUAUCCAGCAAAAAUCGUCCUCCCACCGACAAGAACACCACAGCGCCACCUCGCCUGGAAUUCUCCAUGGGCCUCGACUACGCCCACCUCCUCUUCCAGCCCACAACCUCCACCGCCCCCAAAGAGCUCGUCUCCCUCCCGCACUCCGAAAUGCAAACCCUCCACCACGUCUACACCCCCACGCCGCCUCUCACCCUCCCCGACGCGCUCCUCGACCUCCCACCCCCCUAUCAUACCCUCGAUCCCUCCAAAGACCCCUCCCCAAACCCCCUCCCCUACCUCAUCAAACCCCUCGUGCACGACGACAAGCUCGAUAACCUGCCCGCCGCCAACAAGCCCUGGGUCGAGAUCCAGCUCUGGACAAACACCUAUACCGGCGCCGUGCCCGCCCUGCUGCAUCUCAACCAACCCGCCGCAGCGCCAAAGCCGAGGGGCAAAACC